AUGGCAACCCUCCUCCCUUCCAAGUUACUAGGAGUGACCACCUCGAUCGUCUCACCCACAUCUACACCUUCACCCGACUCAUCUUCAUCCUCGCCUUCUCCCGAAAUCAUCAAAUCCCUAUCACCUCAUGGGGGAGCACCUCUGACCGGUGAUUCAUCGUUGAUACCUUCCAAAUACAUCAUCGACGAGAAAGGUCCCAAUUCCAACUCCAAUUCUUCAUCUCCUUCCUCUGGACAAUCAAGUUCCUUCAACACCCAUCCCGCAAAGAUAUCACCUAGUGCACCACCCAUCCAUCUCACCCGCGCACCGCCCUCUACUUUACUCGACGCACCCGCCAGAGCAGCUAUGAGCUUACCCAACGGGAUGACAGCCUCGGCGCAAGCUAGGGCAGUUAGAGGAUCGAGCGAAGCCCGUACACCAGAAUAUGAAAUCGAUGAAGAUGGUUUAGGUGUUCCAUCAUCUUACAAAAACGGUAGUGGAGGGGAAGAAAGAACACCAUUGUUAUCUCCUACACCUACAUAUUCGAGCAACUACAAUCUCAAUAUGAAACCAUCUUUAUCUAGAAGUUCUUCAACUGGAUCUACAUCAAGCAAUAGAGGUGUUCUAAGAAGGAUAUUCAUCGAUAGGUCUACUACCCCUUCUCAACAUUUGACAAGACCUACAUUCCCUCCACCAAGUUUAUCAACCUAUUCACCCAUCCCACCCAAACCUCUGACUCUCCUUGCGAAGUUGAAUCUGUUCAUCAACCAAAGUAUCUCUAUCAUCCUAUCGACUUAUUUCCUCAUAUUCGUUGUGUUAUGGGCGUUCACAGCGGAAUGCUGUAAAGCCCUACCGAAGUGGGUAUGGCCAGAUAGACCUAAGAAGUUUCCAUGGGAUGACGAGAAUUAUUGGAAAAAGGAGGGAAAGAAGAUAUCAAAAGAUCCUAGUGAUUAUGCGAGACAGGUUGGGAUGGAUAUUGAACAUCAGACGGUGGAGACGGAAGAUGGUUAUUACCUAAAGAUGCAUAAAGUGAUCGACCCAAAAGCUGAACCUCGAUCAGAUGGACGAGGCGGCUUCCCAGUAUUGAUCCUUCACGGACUGUUCCAGUCCUCCGGGUCAUUCGUCACUUCCGAGGAUCGGUCGCUUGCAUUUUGGCUGGCGAAAAAUGGUGGUUAUCAAGUGUAUUUGGGAAAUACCAGAGGAGUGUUCGAUAUGGGUCAUAGAAACUUUAGUAGGAACGAUCCAAGGUUUUGGGACUGGACGAUCAGGGAAUUGGCGAUGUACGACUUACCAGCUUUGGUCGAACAUGUCUGUAGAGAGACGGGGUACGACAAGAUCGCAUUCAUAGGUCACUCCCAAGGGAACGGUCUCGCUUUCAUUUCCCUCUCAUUAGGCAUGUGCCCAUCCCUAGGCAAGAAACUAUCGGUAUUCAUCGCCCUCGCUCCUGCAGUAUAUGCUGGACCUCUCACCCACGGUUUCCCAUUCACCGCGUUGAACAAGAUGGAAUGGUCGACUUGGAAACGAUUCUUCGGUGUAUUGGACUUCAUACCCUUGAUGCGGUGGGCUUACGAUUAUGCCCCUGCGAGGCUGUUUGCUAGUUUGGGUUAUAUCAUGUUUGCAUUCUUGUUUGGGUGGACGGACGCUAAUUGGCUCCACCGACGAAAGACCAAGAUGUUCCGAUUCACGCCCACGCCCGUAUCUUCCGCCUCGAUCUUCUGGUGGUGCGGUAAAGGUGGUUUCGCCGAUCGGAAAUGUACAUUAGAUGAUUCGCUCGAAAGAUGGUUCGAUAACCGUUUCCCACCUUUAUCGAUUUAUCAUGGUGGGAGGGAUUAUCUCGUAUUGGCCGAACCGUUAAUUGAGAGAAUGGAGAACAAGGAGAAGGACGUGAAGGUUAUCAAAGUUACAAAGUUGGAUAAGAGUGAGCACUGCGAUUUCUAUUGGGCUGCGGAAGCUGUCGAAUGGGCAUAUCUGUCAUUCAUGGACGAUAUAGAAUCUACUAGACCUAAAUAUCCGGAUGAGGAAGAAUCACCCAAGGAAGGAACGGAAACUAACAUAGAUGGUAUUGAAGAUGGAUCGGAGUAG